UAAAGCCCUGCCCUGGAAAAUGUUAUCACUCACAUACUCUUUCACGGCUCAAAAGAUUUGAUGGAGUUCUCAGCUAAGUCUCAGAGAAGCAACACGUGAAGAAUAUGGAAGUGUAAAAUGAAUGUAGCUUGUCGAGAGCGCUGGUUCCUGUCACGUUCAUGCUGGAUUUUCUCUGAGCGAGCUCUAUUUACCCCUGCCAACAAUUAUCUCGGACGGUGUGUAAGGACACCUGAAUAUGAUGGAGCGGGUGCAAUUAGCCGCAGGAGAGCGUGUCACAGCAUGUUUUGUAUAAAGCAGACAUGAUGUGUCUGAUUUAGCACAUAUGAGAUGUUGGAUGUGCCCUGAAAACCUUCAGUGUGAUUCUUCUUCAGUUACAUCCUCAGAUUUCUACCUGAACAGGUAAUCCCAGCAGAACAUUAUCGUUUCCGGACACUUUUCAUUUGGAGAAGAUGAGUGAAAGUUCUCUUAUGGAGUUUGAGUUACAGUCUCUGUCUCCGGUCUCAGCGGGACUCCUGCGGGCCCCUGACACGGAGCAGAAUACAGCCAUGUGUUUUGUGGGACUCCUUGUGGUGUUUUUGGUCUUUUUGCUGGUGCGCUGUUUCCGGAUUCUUCUGGACCCUUACAGCAGCAUGCCAUCCUCAUCCUGGUCUGAUCAUAAAGAUGGUUUGGAGAGAGGACAGUUCGAUCACGCGCUGGUGUAGAUAAAAGGAAGAUUCUAACCUUUCAGAGCUUUGAUUUUAACGAUUUGUUCAAAAACUACACAGUACCAUUCUUUUAACCGAGAUAUAACAGUAAAUUCAGAUGUAAACUGUUUCAAUGAGGUAUAAGCUGUAAGUUUUUAUUAUAAUGUAUUGCAGUCACAAUUCUGUUUGGAUGGCAUGAAUGAAUUCAAACCAUGUUUUUUUCGGCAUGAUUGUCCUGUA